AUGCCUCCCGGCGGCGGCGGGCCCAUGAAAGACUGCGAGUACAGUCAGAUCAGCACCCACAGCUCCUCCCCCAUGGAGUCGCCCCACAAGAAGAAGAAAAUCGCGGCCCGGAGGAAAUGGGAGGUUUUCCCGGGAAGAAACAAGUUCUUCUGCAAUGGGAGGAUCAUGAUGGCCCGGCAGACAGGCGUCUUCUACCUGACGCUCGUCCUCAUCCUGGUCACUAGCGGACUCUUCUUCGCCUUCGACUGCCCGUAUCUAGCAGUGAAAAUCACCCCUGCCAUCCCCGUGGUUGGUGGCAUUCUCUUCUUCUUUGUGAUGGGGACCCUGCUUCGCACCAGCUUCAGUGACCCCGGAGUCCUUCCGCGAGCCACGCCUGAUGAAGCUGCCGACCUGGAAAGGCAAAUAGAUAUCACCAACGGCAGCAGUUCAGGGGGGUACCGCCCACCUCCCAGAACCAAAGAAGUCAUCAUCAAUGGCCAGACUGUGAAACUUAAAUACUGUUUCACCUGCAAGAUUUUCCGGCCCCCUCGUGCCUCUCAUUGUAGCCUUUGCGAUAACUGCGUAGAACGGUUUGAUCACCACUGUCCCUGGGUAGGCAACUGUGUGGGGAAAAGAAACUACAGAUUUUUUUAUAUGUUUAUUUUAUCUCUGUCUUUUCUGACAGUCUUUAUAUUUGCAUUCGUUAUCACCCACGUCAUUCUUCGUUCACAGCAAACAGGAUUCCUAAAUGCCCUGAAGGACAGUCCUGCAAGCGUGCUGGAGGCCGUGGUGUGCUUCUUCUCCGUCUGGUCUAUUGUCGGGCUCUCGGGUUUCCACACGUACCUGAUCAGCUCCAACCAGACGACAAAUGAAGACAUUAAAGGAUCUUGGUCAAAUAAAAGGGGUAAAGAAAAUUACAAUCCCUACAGCUAUGGAAAUAUCUUUACAAAUUGCUGUGUUGCCCUGUGUGGGCCCAUCUCUCCAAGCCUAAUCGACAGAAGAGGGUACAUCCAGCCUGACACCCCACAGCCAGCUGCACCCUCCAAUGGGAUGGCCGCGUAUGGGGCCACACAGUCGCAGAGUGACAUGUGCGACCAAGACCAGUGCAUUCAGAGCACCAAAUUCGUUUUGCAGGCCGCGGCCACACCCCUCCUGCAGAGUGAGCCCAGCCUCACCAGCGACGAGCUGCACCUGCCUGGAAAGCCGGGCCUGGGCACGCCCUGCACCAGCCUGACACUUGGGCAGCCCACGCCACCCUCCUCCAUGCCCAACCUCAGCACGGAGGCCGUGCUCACAGACAUACUGCCCCUGAAAGAGGAGCACAUGGGCCACCAGUUCCUGACUCCAGAGGAGGCGCCCUCGCCCCCCAGGAUGCUGGCAGGCAGCCCCCUGGCCCACAGCCGCACCAUGCACGUCCUGGGCCUACCCAGCCAGGACUCUCUGCAUGAAGACUCCGUGCGCGGCCUGGUGAAACUCAGCUCUGUGUGACCUUGGGGCCCCACCAGGGGCUGCAGCCCGUGGGAGCGAGCAGAGAGGGUACGCCCCACAGCAGCUUUCCCAGGACCCUGGGGCACAAAGGGCCUGGGGCACAAAGACCACUCGGAGAAGAAAUGGAUGCCCUUCUGAUGACAGAGAUGGGCAGGACCCAAAGGCUUACAGCUUGAUUUUAUUUAAAUUUACAUCUCCACCCUGACCACUUUGAUUACAAUGAAAAUAAAGAAGUAGCUAUUUUCAGGCAUUUGGAAUAUGAAGGGUGGGCUUGGGGAGGGACAAGCCUCGGUGGGGCAGCAGUGAGAGUCUGGCAGGAAAGGGCAGUGCCUGAUGGGACGCUGCGUGGCGCUCUCGUGACAGACACCUGGAAGAGUUCUGACACUGUGGUCAGACUGAAAUUGCACUUAAGUGUUAUGCAACUAAUAUUUGAAAUAGACAUGCCAUUCCAUUUGUUAAUUAAAAAAGAAAAAAACCUAAAGGGAAACAUCGACCAGAUGUGGAUUUGCAUGCCACGCUGCCGUUUGUGGACAGUGGUGUUGGUAUUCAGAAGGACAGGCUGCUCUGUCUGUUAAUUUUGUGAACUUUCAAGUGCUGUUUUAUGGGAAGACAGAGCAGCAAACCACAACUAAUGGACAAAGCCAUCCCUCGCCAGCCUAUUCAGCUUCAUUAGCUAUGGGCAGGUGGCCCCGGGGCUGCAGAAGGCUGCAGGGGUCUUAUUCUAUGGAGUACCAGUUAACCUUCUGUUCAGUAGUUAGGCAAGUCCUGUGUUGUACCACACCCACCACAGUCUCCACCUCCUUAUGUGACCAAACUUCCUGUGGACAGCCAAUAAAAUGACAUCCUCUGUUA